AUGAAGAAGUUCACCUUCCUGCUGGUCGGGCUACCCUUGGUGCUCUGUUUCAAUCACCCGGGGCUAUUGGUUUCUAGCAGCGAUGUGGAGAGACUUCAGGAGAAGAUUGCAGCGAAACUGGACCCGUGGACUACUUGCUGGGAGGUGUUGACAUCCAUGGACUCUGGUAACGUUCCGUACACUCCUCAAGCUGUUAGCGCCGUGGACCGUGAUACAGAGGGCGAUACUGCAGCCAACGCCUAUCUUCUUUGGGAAGAUGCAACAGCCGCAUUCGCUCUUGCGCUUCGUUGGAAAGUUGAGGGGAAUACCUCGUUUGCCGAUGCAGCUGCCGAUAUUUUGACUGCCUGGGCCGGGAAUCUCACUUCAAUUGGUGCGAACGACGAUCAGUACUUGGUCGCUGGACUGCAGGGCCACGAGCUGGCGAAUGCUGGAGAGUUACUGCGUGACUACCCUCCUUUUAAAAAGAGCGGACUCGCUUCUUUCCAGGCAAUGAUGCAGAAAGUUUUUCUGGAAAAGAACUUGUAUUUUUUGAACCAUCUUGAUGGCUCGGAGCACAAUGUGAAGCAUUUCUUUGCCAAUUGGGAGCUUGCCCAGGUUGCUUCGGCCAUGGCUAUUGGAGUCUUGACAAACAACCAGACGACGUGGGACUUUGCGAUCAAUUAUUUCAAGCACGGAAGUGGUAACGGCGCGAUCAAUAAUGCAGUCACAAAUAUCGUGGAAGAGCCUGGGACUGGUCGCCCUCUUGGCCAAGGACAGGAGGAAGGUCGAGAUCAGGGGCAUUCAGCGUUGGACUAUGCUCUCCUCGGCGUUAUCGCUCAGCAAGCAUGGAAUCAAGGUGAAGACUUGUACUCGUACAAUGACAGUCGCAUUCUCCUCGGUGCCGAAUACUUCGCGCGUUACAAUCUCGGAUACGAUGUUCCUUUCGAAAAUUACACUAACGGGAUUGUCAGCUAUACUGAGAUAUCCAGUGAGUCUCGUGGCAAUGUAAGGUGGGCAUGGGAAGUGCUUUACAACCACUAUGUUAUGAUCAAAGGACAAUCUGCUCCUUGGACCACGAGAUACCGGAAUAAAACCUUGGAAACUUGGAAUGGUCUGGAGAUUGGCUCCGGGGCCUACGGUAGCGCAUCAGUUUCAUAUUACUACGAUACUAUGGGCUGGGGCACUAUCUUGUAUCACCUCAAUGACACUGACUGUGUCAACUUCGAGUGUACCAACUUCGAGUGUACCAACUUCGAGUGUACCAACUUCGAGUGUACCAACUUCGAGUGUACCAACUUCGAGUGUACCAACUUCGAGUGUACCAACUUCGAGUGUACUAGCUUCGAGUGUACCAAUCUCAAGCUUGCCUAA